GGCAUAAAACAUUCACUGUAUGUUCGCCGUCUGAGCCGCUUAGCUGGGAAACACGAGACGAGUCUUGGAUUCAUGUUCCCGGGCGCGCUUGAAUAAAGCGCAGAGGCGAAAGCGGUUCGUGUGGUUUGCGCGCAGGAUCUUAGAGCGGAGAACAUGUGAGAGGGAAUGGGAAACUGGAAACUGGAUUACACUUUACAGAAAGACGCAGAAGGAGGAACGCACAGGAUUUUGACAGGGCGCUGCGGCUCCGUUGAGUAGGACAUCCGCACGGCUGCCAAGCACUUUUCAGCGGAAACACGGGGGAAAAGGAGGACUAAUAUACCAAAGAUGAACACAAUUGUGUUUAAUAAGUUAAGCAGCCAGGUUUUAUUCGAGGAGAAGGCGAAUGAGGUGGAGAGAAGCAGUCGCAAUUAUCUAGAGGUGAUAGACGGGCAGCAUCCGGACCUGCUCUCCAGCAGCCCAGUCAUCAAAGACAGCUCCGCUAUCCGGCACAGAAGAUCAGGGUCUCGUCAAAACCCAGGAAAGGUACGGCAUAAACGGCAAGCUCUACAGGACAUGGCCCGGCCUCUGAAACAGUGGCUCUACAAACACCGGGACAAUCCUUACCCCACUAAAACUGAGAAAAUUCUUCUCGCGCUUGGCUCACAAAUGACACUUGUGCAGGUGUCUAACUGGUUUGCAAAUGCUCGACGGCGACUGAAGAAUACAGUUAGGCAGCCUGACUUGAGUUGGGCCCUUAGGAUCAAACUCUACAACAAAUAUGUCCAGGGCAAUGCAGAACGACUGAGUGUCAGUAGUGAGGACUCCUGCUCUGAUGAUGCUGACCCAGCAGCACGAGCACAGGUCGGGGAGUUCAGUAAACCCAUGUACCAGAGCGUCAUCAAGAAGGAAGGUGGCGGCAUGGGGGUGGGUCUUCGAGCAGCUGCGGACGCCUCAUUGGCUGACGACUACGUGUCACCGCCUAAAUACAAGAGCAGCCUGUUGCAUCGUUACCUCAAUGACUCGCUCCGUCAUGUAAUGGGGGCCAAUGGCGUAAUGGACGCACGAAAGAGGAACCACUCGGGCUCGUUCAGCUCAAACGAGUAUGAUGAAGACCUGCUGUCACCGUCCUCUUCAGAAGCAGAAGCCAACUUUAUCUACAGGACUGAGACUGUGGAGCAUGGAUCAAAUAAAUGUGACAGGAGUGUGCAGAAGGAGAAGGGACAGAGGAAAGAUGAGACGUACUGGAGGGAGAUCAACGCUGCCAUGGCUCUCACUAACCUGGCUCAGCCUAAAGACACGGCCACCGCCGCCACCACCACCAGCUGCAUCAUCCAGAAAUCCUCACACAUAGCUGAGAUCAAGACUGUUAAAGUGCCUCUCCUCCACAAAUACUAACGCGCACGCACACACAGACAGACAGAAGACCCCGCUCCUCUACUUUUGGAAUAUUCUACAUUACUUUGUGGUACUGAUUUGUUAUAAUAAGUACAAUGAAGUGCCGUGAAAUGCAGCACUCGUUCAGUUCACCAAUUUGUGCAUUUCCUUUUCCCCUUUUGGAUAAGUGUUGACGAAACAGCAGUAUUUCUGAACGAGACACUUUUGCAAUGUUAACUUAUUUUGAUAUUAAUCAGAAAUUUGUAUUGUAUCGCACCAAAGUGCCUUGCGUCUCGAUGGAGAGAUGAUUGAGAAUGUACAGUUGGAUGAAAUGACAAAGGAGUGUGUGUGUGUGU